AUGGCCACCCCACCGAAACACUCUUCACCCUCAGAUGGGCGGAAGUCGCCCAGUAACCGAAAGGUCCCUCAUGCCCUGACAACAACCUUCUUCGCAAAGUCAAAAAAAUCUGGAGAGGCGAGAAGUCCUACAUUCCCAUCACCUACGAUUCAGAUGAGAGGCUAUAGCAACAGACAAGGUGGUGGUGAAGAUGUGGAAAGCAGCGAGAUGAGAUCAGAGCCUAUCGGUAUCCCACAAUCUCCAAGCGUCGCAUCAAACCGGCCAAAGAAGCUCGCGCCUAAUACAUUUAACUCUCAUUACCGGACAAUUUCGCGAUCUAUGAAUGAUUUGGGGAACAUCUUCUCACGCGGCCGAUCUCCUCCAAAUCGAGAACCUUCUCCACGGCGUGCUGGUGGUGGACCAUUGAAUACGCUUCCAGAAGGAAGACGGAAGGACAAGCCUGACUCUCCUAGAUUAAGGACUAUAGAAAGUAGAAGUGUUCCCUCGAUAUCAGUAAUGCAACACGGGGAAUAUGUCUCCCGAGAAUCGAUUGUGAAGGAAGGUUGGGUGAAUAUGAUAGAUUCAAAUUCAGUCAAGAAAGGUCCCUUGCGCGAGGCGUGGAAGCUCCAGCACAUUAUUAUCACUGGCGGGUAUCUCAUGCUCUACAAACCAUCAUCUAGUCUACAGAUAAGAUCUUUCGAUAUCAGUGCAGCUCCAUCAAGUCCACCGAGGCCUCAAAGUGCCCCUGCCACAGCUGCAGCCUCGUUUAAUGUCUCGACUCUCCGGCACAAAAGCACCAGCAGGCAUCCAGAACUAGUCCUUGGUGCAGAUGGUGCAAUUCUAGGUGGAACAGUUGAAGCCCUUUGCCAUGAACUGAUGUUUACGGAUAACGAGAAUGACCAGUUUGUCCAAGGCGCAACUCGAACUUUAGCUGGUUGGACAAGCCCGGAAACUGCUCUGUCGAUUUUUAUAGAACUUACAACCUUGAGAGACUUGUCGGCUAGGGUUGCAUGGGUUCUUACUUUGUUCAUUGAGUCCGCUCCCGGAAUGCUACUAGAACCUGGUUGCUACAACUCUGCACGGCUUUUACUUGAGAAAGGAAUAACUCCACAUAACCCUAACCUUGCAAAAGACCUGAGGGCUGGGAUAGAGGCUAGGGCCAGUCGUUUACAAGAAGAAUUAAGCGCUCCUGCUGACCCAAUGAAAGAGCCCUCAACGCCUAGCUCCACUGAUAUAUUCAGUACACUAUCAACAUCACUCCCCACGGAAGAAUUUAUGCGACUAAAUCCUGAAACCUUUGCCACUCAAGUCCAUCUUUUUCACCUCAAGUACCUUCAAGCGUGGAACCCAGAAAAUGAUCUCUCACUGCUUCUCGCGUCACCUCACCUACCUCCGCCCACACACAGAAACCCUUUAAUAUUCACAUCAACUAAUAUACAUUUCCUUGGUGAGCGAGUACUUAGCCAUGUAUUAUCUGGAGAUUCAACGGCCAAUUCAGUCGAUCGACGUGCUUCUAUCUUGUCCCAAUGGCUCAAGGUCGGAAGUCUGCUACGGAAAAAGGCCGAUAUGGUUGGAUACUUGGCUAUAGUUAUGGCAGUAUUGUCUCCCCCCAUUCUUCGGUUGCGUGAGACAUGGAGUUUACUCGAUAAUUCCUUAAUUGAAGACAUAGAGAAUGGUGCAAAACUUAUGAGGAUCUUGGAGAGACGACGCCUUGAAGAAAGUGAUAGCUACGAUCAUGGCCGCGUACUAGUUCCAGAUUUAUCGGAAGAGGGAUUGUUCUUGUCGGAGGUUGUGCCGUAUUUUGGAGACUUAUGUCACUGCAUGGAUGAAGCAUAUGCGAGCCGUGUUCGGAAUGUCGACUAUCCUAAAUUUAUUCAAGGAAUGGAAGCCAUUUUCAAUUCAUUAGAGAAAUGGAGAGAAGAAUGGGUUGACGCUGGUUUGGGCCUCGAUCGUGUGGAGAAGAAGACACCUCGGGAGGUCGAGCAGAUACAAAAAUGUCUUUUUACUUUGAAUCUCAACAACAAAACCCCCCCUUCUACAAACUCUACAACUUUUUUCGAUAUGUCUUUGGCAUGCGAACCCUCCUCAACUGGGAUGUAUCUCCAUUCGCAUUAUCACCAGCGCCUUCCUCUUAGUACCGGCGCCCAUGUGCCUCUCGUCUUCACGGAUGUUCUUCCCAGCUUCUCUUUAUUUGAUAGAGAAGAUACCUUAGCAAUUUCAGGCUCCCUUCACAAAAAGACACCAAGCUCUGGGUUAGCAUCACCAAGUUACGGCCCUGGGGUACAGUCCCAGCAGCAAUCCGGGCCUUCUCAAUCCAAUCAGAACCUGAGACCACCAACCUCCUCAGGUCAACAAAUUAUUAGGCGCACACGAUCUUUCCCGCCGUCAAAUGACACAUCACAAACAACUGGAUAUGAUGACCUGGACUAUACAACACGAGAGAGGACUGCAGGGCUACACGGUGGGGAUAAUGCAAUGUUACGUGCAAUUCGAGAUGUUGCUGGAGUGGGCCAACAAUUGUUUUAUUCAAAAGAUGGUGAAUUGGUGUUGAAAUCGAUUACUGAGGAUGCAUAUUCGUCAAGGCCUUCAAGCGUCAUUGAAACUACUAACAAAAGAGUGAGUGGUUCAUCUAGAAGAAUAUCAGCACAGGUUUACAGUAACAGUACGUCACCUCGUAUAUCGGCCCAUGGAGAUAUAAGCGUACCACAAACGCCUGUUCGUGACGGUUUUGAACUCGAAAGCUUCAUGCCUGUGGUGUCUAAAGGAGGGACCCUGGAAAGAUUAGUGGACAUUCUGGUCUUAGGUGUGGAAGAUUUUAGUAAACGGAUGAACGCUUCUGAGAGCAAUUCACCGCCGCCAGAAAGGCCACCUCUAUUAAAAAUGAACAUGGAUGUUUUUACAAUAACUUUCUUUGCCACGUUUCGGAGUUACUGUUCGCCCAUAGUCCUUAUUGAUUAUUUAAAGAAGCGUCUUCUCGGGUCAAAAUCAGCUGCAACCUUAUCUAACGACGAGAGUGAUGAUGUCGUGUUUCCAGAUUGGACUGGCCCGGAUAAUGUCAGUGAUGAGCGUAUAGAUUGGAACCUUGUCGCAAGGAUUCAUAUCGGGAUUCUGGAGGCGAUGAACAUCUGGAUAUCUGAAUUCUAUAUAGAUUUUCAUUCUGACCAAACUCUGGGGGAUUCCUUUGUCUCCUUCCUAAGCAUUGCUUCGAAGGAGUUAUCAAACUGGAGAGAUCUUGGGCCUGAACAUGGCUAUCUUCAAAGACAAGCCGAUCAGAUAAAUGACCUUUGGUAUGAUAUCCGGGCCAAGUUUGCAAAACUCAGUUUUACGCCUCUGCGGUACCCAAUCCAACCAACACCACCUCAAACACCGGAAGAGCUAGAAAUCCGUCACACGAAUGAUAUUUCUGUAAUCGAGGAUUUUGUGGAAAAGCUUGAGCGAAAGGUCCGCGACUUGUUUCGUAUGGUUAAACUGGUCGAUUGGAUGGUGGCCUUUGAGAUUUUUGAAACACAGAGCUCUGAGCCUCUUGGAUUCUUCGCCUCAAAAGCUUCGACUAUGUCACACGAUGAUGAUGAAGUUCUCCAAGAUAUCUUUUCCCUAUUAAGCAGCAUACGCCAGGAUAUAAUGAACUGGGUUCUUGCACAGAUUGUGGAUCCUGGACUUAACGCCGAACGGCGAGCUCACCGGAUAUCUACACUUCUGAAAUGCUUGGCAAUAUCGCGAAAACGUAUGUCUGGGAUGGACUUGAUUGAAGACUAUCAGUCUGGGGCAACCCGUCAACAUGUGCCUUCUUUCGUUGCUGGUGCCAUAGCGGCCGCGCUUGUUCGUCCAGAGAGUAGGUGUUUUAGUUAUGCCUGGCUAAUGGCUGUGCGAAUGGCUUUCGCACCAACCCAACAGGUUGACUCCUUAGAGGCUGUCAUUCCGAAGGAGAUCAAAGGAGCGCAAUGUACACAACCUAUGACUCCCUGCGCUGGGUGGAUUAUGGAGCGUCUGUUGGAAAUUGUUUGUUACGUACCCAACAUGGUCGUGGAAAACAAUCGCCUCAUCAACUUCGACAAACGCCGCUAUGUUUAUAAUUUUAUUCAUAAUUUCACCAAUAUCAGUUCUCAAUCGCCGCUUCAAGAAAACUUUCCCUCGCAACUAACACCUAUUUCGCUCCCAGCUCCGCGUGGCUUUGAUAUGCGGGCUAUCAAGGAAUAUUCCAACAGGGAAAACGCGCCGAUCAAGAAUACUCGUACAAAGAUUUUCUGGCGACUUCUACACCAUGAGCAGGAGAAAGUUAGGCGUGAUGCAAAACAAAAAGAUGCCAUUGAAAGGUUACAACGGCAGCAGCAGAGGGCGGAACAUCGCCGCCAACCUACAGCAAUCAAAAUUGAUCCUGCUGAUAAACGGAGUGGAAGGCGACUUGGUGUAAACUCUAUAUUCAAAGCUGUGCGGCCCAUAUCGAUGGCUUUUACGGGUGGAUGGACGCCACCUCAAUCUUCUGCACGAAUAGUGGCCCCUGGAGAUCUACCUACGCUAAAAGGCGUUGAACAUGGUAAAAAGCCUUCUUCGACGAUAGACCUUACAACUGUGGCAUCUGUGUCCUGCCCUAAGACCACCCGUGAUCAUUAUAUGUGGAGAGUUAGAACCGACCAUGGUAUCUCAUACCUGUUUCAAGCCGUUUCAGAGAAAGAGUUGGAAGAAUGGUUGAAAACGAUUGAAGUUAUCCGUGGAAUUGCCACGAGUGAUGGUGGAGAGUCCGUCGAUGGCCUUACUAUGACAUCCCAAAACCGUACCCCUCAACCAGUCUUUGGAGUCUCCUUAGAAGAUCUCUGCAGACGUGACAAUGUCAAAGUGCCGGUUGUAGUUGAAAUGCUAUUAGGGGAAAUUGAAUUGCGAGGAAUCAAUGAGGUUGGGAUUUAUCGUGUACCAGGUUCACUUUCGAGCAUAAACGCAUUGAAAUUAGCCCUCGAUUCUGGAGAAUAUGUUCAAAUGGAUGACGAUCGUUGGUAUGACAUAAAUGCCAUCGCCGGGGCCUUUAAAAUGUUUAUGCGUGAGCUUCCAGAUCGAGCCUUGGGGGCCGAAGCCCUUGAACAGCUUAAAAAUGUCACUGUCAACAUCACAAAUGAGGAUGAAAGAGCAGCAGCCUAUCGAGAAGUGAUGGUUCGUUUACCUCCUUGCAAUUAUCACUUCCUUCGCCGUGUCUAUGUGCAUUUCAACAGAAUUGCUAGCAACGCUACUAUUAAUAAGAUGCACGCCGUGAAUCUCGCUAUUGUCUUUGGGAUGGGCCUUUCUCCUAGCAACCCAAAUAUGCCCUUAGGAGUUUCACCGGAUCUUGGGCUGUAUCAAACAAUGGUUAAGAUCUGGAUUACGCACACCGACCUGAUAUUUCCUGAGGUUGAAGAUGACGAUGAUCAUGAAUCAGUAUCAGCAACACAGGCCGAAUCGUUGGAUAUGCAUUCCUCCGAGCCCUCAUCCCCUGCACUAGAGCACACUUCCACAAAUUCUCCAAGGAUGAGCAUGGACGAUAAACGGCCAGAAUUAAAGACCCUGGAGGGGUUAGUAAUCUGA